CCCGCCCCCUCGCCGGGUUAGGAGGAGCACGGGGUUACUGCUGUGUGACUGUCAGUCAGAUGGUGAGUGUAGGAGUGAAGACCAGUCACACAGGGGGAGAGAGCGGGUGUCUAUGAGAGCUCGUCACACACGCACAGGUUGAGAGGAGAGUGUGCGCUCAGUCUGUGCAUGGAGACCCCAGCUCUCACUGUAUUCUGUAGAGGAAAUCCUGCUCUGAGCCAAAGCUUGCGGCAAACUUUUCUGAAGGGGAGAGGACUGUACCGGGCACUGAGCUGAGGCAUGGCUGGGAUCAGAGGUCUGUGCUGGCCACAGCACGUCACAGGAUUGCUCACCUUGCUGGGGAUUUCGCUGAGUGCUCCUGUCAUGCUUCUGGCAGAGACUUUGGUGGAUGGAUGUGGACACACAGUUCCCAGUGGAGAGAGUGGAACGCUAACAUCGAAGAACUAUCCUGGCACCUAUCCCAAUAACACACUUUGCUUAAUAACUAUCAAAGUUCCUGCCGGUAAAAGUCUGUAUAUAAAGCUGGCAGACCUGGAUAUUGAAUCCAAUGACUGUGACUCUGAUUAUCUCAAAAUAUACAAGGGAUCCUCCACUGUGGAAAUUGCUAGUUACUGUGGUAACCAGAACACUGCACCACAGGAGCACUACCUGGAUACUAAUGAAGUUACAAUCCAUUUUGAGAGUACCAUCCAUGAGUCCGGACGGGGCUUUUUAAUAAAUUUUGCCAGCAGUGAUCAUCCAGAUUUGAUCACCUGCUUGGCUCGUUCAAACCACUAUCAAGAGACUGAGUACAGCAGGUUCUGUCCAGCUGGCUGUAGAGAUGUUGCAGGGGAUAUAUCAGGUGAUGUGCAGGAAGGAUAUAGAGAUACCUCUUUACUCUGCAAAGCUGCAAUUCAUGCUGGAGUUAUCGCAGAUGAACUUGGUGGACAGAUUCAUGUCACUCAGUACAAAGGCACGAGUCGAUACAAAGGAGUUCUGGCCAAUGGAAUCUUUUCAAAAGAUGGCUCACUUUCAGAUCGGCGGUUUGUGUUUAACAGUCUCGAUUGCAGCACUUCCCUGACUGCAGGCUUGGGAGCAGAAACCUUUUCAGCAACCUCCUCUUGGGAGUGGAGCAGUGAGACUGGGGAGAUGGUCCUGUGGUCCCCAGGAAAGGCACAACUCCACACUCCAGGCGCCUCCUGGGCUUCCAGCCAUCAGGCUGACAGGGAAUGGCUUGAAAUUGAUUUAGGAGACAAAAAGAAAAUCACUGGUAUUCUAACGACAGGAUCCACAUUGCCAAACUUUAAUUUUUACGUGAAAUCCUAUAUCAUCAGCUUUAAAAGAGAUGGCUCAAAGUGGAGGACUUACAAGGGUGCAAUAAGCAAUGACGAGAAGGUAUUGGAGGGUAACUCAGACUAUCAGGAUUGGACUCGUAACAACUUCAUCCCUCCAGUUGUGGCGAGGGCACUUAGAAUAAUACCACGCACCUGGAACCAAAGAAUUGCUCUGAAGGUGGAACUUACAGGAUGUGCUCUUGCACAGACUCACAACUCAUCCACUCAUCCCAUGUGGAGGAAGCCAAAUGAAAAGAAGGGUAAAAAUCUAGUAAAAGAAGAAAAAAACAUCACAGAGCCUGUUCCUUCUGAAGAAAAUGAUUUUGGAUGGAAAAUGAUUGCAGUUCUCAUACCACUGGCAUUGGUAGUGUGUGUGCUUGUCACCAUUAUCUGCAUAUGUAUAUCAAGAAACAGGUUGAAAACAGACUCCUACAAGAAUGAGGGACAAAAAAGCGGGUGCUGGAAACAUCAUGAACAGCCAUUUGUGAGCCAGCAGCCAGCAGAGUUUGCCAUCAGUUACACUAGUGAUAAGGAUGUGCUACAGAAACUUGACUUUGUCAAAUGUGACACAGAAGAUUACCAGCAGUCUCUCAUGAUUGGCACUGGCACAGUGUCAAGGAAGGGAUCCACCUUCAAGCCCAUUGACGCUGAUUUCAAAGACGCACUUUGUAGCCAGGAAAUAGAAAACCACUAUGACUGCCCUCUCAGGACCAAUGAAUAUGCAUUACCUCUCCCGUACCCUGAGCCGGAGUAUGCUACUCCCAUCAUUGAGCGCCACAUAAUGCGAGAAUGCGCAUUUUCACCAGAGUCUGGUUACAAUGUCCCUGUGGUAUCUCUGGACCGUAAGCACUCAGCCUCUGCUGUCAGUUUUCAGAUGUCUUCCAGUGCCGAGAACAGUGGUGGAGACUACCAAACACCCCACAGAAUCCACAUAGAGGAGUGUGAAUAUGACAGCCCAAGAGCCAAUAGUGCAUGGGCGGCGGACGGUGAUGAUUAUCAGAGGCCACAAUUCUGCUCUUUAGUGGCAGAUGGAUACUCCUCUCCUAGGGACUGUUUGAAGCCUAUAAACCAGACUGCCAUAACUGCUCUCUUAUGACUGUCUUAAGGGUCCUACAUGUAUGAUCCGCCCCAUUCAGGAAUGUUACUGCCCAGCUGCUGAAGGUCAAUAUAUUGUUUACAUUAUUAUAGAAUUUAUUUUGUGCAGGUGAUUGAGGUUGUCAUGUGACUUCAGUAAACCAGUUGCAUGUGGUGUAUUGCUACAAUACCAGAGUUCCAGUUACUUUGUGAAAUAUGUGCAAUGUGUACAGAAGAUGUUUAAGACAGAUGUAACUACUUUACAUCUCUUCUAUUCAGACCGGUUGUCUUACUUGACCUUUUAUGUAACCGUUAUCACACAGCUACACUUUUCUGGUGCUCUCUCUUUUUUUUCUUUUUUUCUUUUUUGUCAUUAUGGUAAAUUACACUGUGAAUGUUUAACAUGUAACUCACCUUAAUUUAUAUUGCCUGUAAAACAGGAACUGAUGGGCACAGUGCUAAUUCAUUGUAUAUCUAAUAUUGCAGAGAUGUCAGCCUGGCAUACGUCCUCUGUGAUAUAACUGCUUCAUUUUCUAAUCUGAAAUUCAGAGAGGUAGCAGGGAUCAGAGCUGCCACAUAAUGGAUGACGUGUGCUUGAUGCUACCAGAUGCCCAAACGGCACCACAAGUCUAUGGUGUGGCAAAAAUAUGCUUUGUUCUUGGAUCUCUGAACAUCUUAGCUUGGCGGGUGCGGGUCAUGAACAAGAUAGACCAGUUCCAAUCGAGGUGGGAGGGGUUAAAGGGGUCUAAACCAAAUGGUUUAUCUCAUCCAUGACCAACACAUGCCAAGCUGAUAUCAGGCAGUGGAUAAUCACUUUAUUAUUAUAAGCAGUAUGGAGUUUACAGUUUACUUUUACUCAUAAAAUAUGUAUGUGUCUUUGCGUUGGCUAUUAUUAAGAUUUUAAAAUGUUUUUACAUUUGAACUAUGUUUUAUUGUCACUAUACUGUUGAAAUUCAGGUUACUGGAUAGGUUUUCCAAAGUUGUAUUUAAACACCAUCUAUGGCCUACAAUGCAUACAGUAUAGGCAGCAAUUUUGUUGGCUGGACCUAUAGUCAUAAGAAUAUAGCUUCCUGCUUAGCUAGGAACCAAAGCCUCAUGAAUACUGGGCCUAGAGUGCUGCAGCCUCAGGAAUAUUCCUUAAGACUAGGCCUGAAUAACCUGUUUCUCUCCAGCUGUUAUAAAACUACACAUCCCAGCAUGCCUUGCCACAGUUUUAGCAUUUACAAAACUGUGGCAGGUCAUGCAGGGACUUGUAGCUUCACAACAGCUGUAAAGCCACAAAAUGGCUGUUUCCAGGAUACAGAGAUUUUUUUUUUUAUUUAGCCAGAGGAUAAACAUCCAUUUAUUGCACAUAUUAUAGAAAAUAAUAAUGUGUUGUAGCUUUGUUUUUUUUUGCUCUUUUUUAUUUUACAUAACAUCUUAAAGUCAGUGUUCUAUUGCAUAUUACAAGAUUGACAAAUCUUUCAUAGGAUUCUUUGGCUGGACCAAAGGACAAUAAUAAUCUCAGGUAACCUGACUAGAUGUGUUUAUAAACCAAAUGCUAGGGUGAAAACACAUGGGUGCCUUUUGUGCGUCUGUGGUGCUUUCGUAUCACGCUGUAGUCACCGUAGCUUAUAUAGCUGGUAAAAUGGAGAUCCAUGCUCACUUUAGCCAGUGGAAUUGUCAGUUUUCUCAGUGGGUUUGUCAGGUAUUUGAGAAUGUUUCUGUGUACUGUAUUGACAGCCCGUUCUAUAUUUCACUUACCAGCCAUUCAAGCUGCUUGCAGUGCCUGCACCCACAAUAAGUGCCCACAUGUGUGUGCUAUAAGACCUGUUGUGCUUUGUAUAGGACUGUAUAUUCUAUAUUUACUAGAAAAGAUUUAUUAUGUGAAAAGAGAAUAAAUUAGUGUACAGGUUUUUUUUUUUUAUCAUUUUCAACAGAAAGCAUUCAAACGUCAUAGUUUCUAUUUCCAUGUAAUGUGCAGGCUUCAUUUGUAAGUUUCUUUUGUAUUCAAAAAAAUGUUAUGGAAAAUUAAAUUUAUCCAAUUCAAUAA